GACAUUACUAACGCCUCGUGUACGGGCCCCUAAUCGUUUUUUCAUAAUCCACCAGAUCCACGAUCGUAUUUUAGUUUGAUCAGAGCUUUUUCAGAAGAAAGUAUACAUUCAGUAUAAAACGGUUUCGGUUAAAUUUUCUCUAGUGGCUUCUAACUACGAAAUACAAGACCACGAUGUACGAGAUCGUAUCAUGCGCGGAAAACACUCGACUGCAUACGUUUCCUGCUCUGGAACGGUUGUGCACCAUCGCUCACCCGAACAGCAAUGGUAGCGACUGCCAUUUCUUUCCAGCCAUGAAGCUGUUUCUCCGGACUAAUAAAAACUUUGGUGUCGAGAUGAUGAGGAUCGACGAAGUCGAUGGAAGACCCACUAUUGUGAAUGUUGGUAAAAUUGGAAUGCAGGGCCUGAAUUGCGUAGCAUGUCCGAAAUUGAUCCGAGAAGAUAUUGCGAUGGGUUCUUCAUCUGGUCUUAUUAGACUAUUGAACUACAGAAAAAUUACCAAAACAAAACGACUGGAGCCGGAUCGACUUACCGACGGGGUUACGUCUUUGGACUAUAACACCACCGACGAUGUUUUGGCAGUAGCCUACCAGAGUGGAAUGGUUAAUCUGUACGGUAUGAAAAACCACAGCCGGGAGGCGACGAUAAAGCUUGACGCAACGAAGGCCCGUUUUCAUCCGACAAACCUGUUCCUUCUGUCUGUCGCUUCCAAAACUGGUGCUGUAAUGAUGUACGAUACUGAGUCUAAAAAGAUCACCUAUAUUCAACUGGAUGCGCAUGGCACUUCUUGUCGAGAAAUUAUCAUGGCCGCCAGCCGUCCGGAUACUCUCUUCAGUAUUGGGUACGAUAAUGUGAUGAACAUUUUUGACACGCGCAAAAAACUGAUUGCUUCCCAAAUCAGUUCCCGCUUCUCAUUCGAAUCACUGGCGGUGUCCGAGUGUGGGGGAUUCUUUUGCACCGGAAAUCGAAACGGCGAAGUUUACGGAUAUGAUAUGAGAUAUUUAGUUGAACCUAUCAAAAUAAAGGCAAUUCAUACCGGUGUUGUGAAUAGUAUUGCCUUCGUUCCAAAACCGAUAAGAAGGGAAAAGAGCCGGCUUAGUUUGGAUCAUUUACAAUUUUCCAAGUCAUCUGAAGUGACGGUAAAAACUGUUUUGGAAUCUACUUUUCUUUGUCCUGAUCUAGGAUCUGGUCAAGACAGUUACCAGCGGCGACGACAUUCGAUGGGUCCGGGGCCUUCACGGAAAAGCGCCGAGCCCCGCGUCGAUCUCAAUGUAGGAUACUUGGACGAUAAUUUGGAUCUGGAUAAAACCCUGCGUAAAACUGAUCAGGCUAGAGGGUUGAACAUCGUUAAAAGCGUGAUAGAGAAAAGAUUGAUCAUGAAGCAACCCUGCACAGAUCGCAUCAAACGUUCUGCUGUAACAUUGGAGAACAUACUGGAAGUAACGGAAGUUGAUGGCAGCCGUACGUUGACGGAGAUUUCGCCUAGUUCCAAUAAAGAAAAUCUCAAGCGGUGCUUCCAUACAAACACUGCAUCCCCACUCAGUCAAUAUGAAUAAAUCUUAUAUUUUGUUAGACAAAAUGCCAAUAGGGUGCCAAAGUGACAAAUAGUGGAGUUGGAGCAAGUAGGAGUUAGUAGUAUGUAUGUAUGUAUGUAAUAAGUGUGUAAAAGUCGCGAUGCAGAACCACUGGUUGGUGAGUGUCUUUACAGUCUACUUUUGAACGAUUUUUUAUAUGUAUUAAUGAAUAAACUUUAGUCAUUUUUUGAAA